AUGUUUAGUGAAGUUUGACCUUUGUAAUAAUUAAUCCUCGUUUUAAUUGUCAGUGUUUCCUUUGGAUCAUGGCAUUAAUUCUGCAUCUGAAAUAUGCUGAGAACUUAAAGGGAAAGUCUGACCGAUUGGCCAAGGUGUCUUUUAGAGGUGUCUUUCAUUACACAGAAGUUGUAGAGGAUGCAGAAGGAAGUGCUUUCUUUGAUCAGACUUUCCAGUGGCCUGUGGCUAGGCCCAUUGAAAAAGAUGAGGUCAUUGAAAUCCAGCUUUUCAACUACAACAGAUACCUGUCCAACAGGUUGGUUGGAAUGUUCCGGAUGUUCCUACAGGAACUGGUGGAGGUGGGAAAUGUCAAAAUCUGUGACUCUUUGUUGGACAGCCAUAAUGUGGUCAUGAAGACAACUGUGACCUUUGAACUGGUAUACAAUGCCCCUGAUGGAUCUGUGGGUAUGUGGCAGAAAGGAGGCUUCGACAAACUCACCUCGGAAGAACUUAGAUCCCCCUUGACAGAGGAAGACCAGAACCUCAGAAACCUGGAACAGAGCAGUCUGGAUUCCCAGUCCAUCAUCUCCACUGGCAGUCCCUCCAAAUCAAUUCAUGGAUCAAAACUCAGUCUGGAGUCCAAGAGGUCCGGGGGAAGGUCACCAAGACAAACCAAAAAUUUAUCCUCUGUGGUCAAAUUAAUGAUGAAUGUGUCCAAGCAACGAGCAGGUGGAGGGCUUCCAGAUGGGGAUGACAAACAAUCACUCAUAGACGACAUAGAGACAGAUCCAAGUUUAGAUGCCAAAGCAGCAGAAAUUGCUUCAAUGGUGGGAGGCAAGGAUACUAACCUUGACGAUGAUCAGCAGAGUGAAGGUCAGGGGUCAUUAUCAGCUGGACCAAUCAGCUUCAAAAGGUCUAAAGACAAAGUUCCAAGAGUAGAACAGGCUUCUAUGAAAGCUCAGGAUUUUCAGGUCUGUAUAACGGUGAUAGAGGCCAGACAGUUGGCGGGGUUAAACAUGGACCCAGUAGUCUGUGUUCAGGUCGGGGACCAGAAAAAAUACACCAGCGUCAAGGAAUCCACCAACUGCCCUUACUACAACGAGUACUUUGUGUUUGAUUUCCACAUGGCUCCGGCAAUGCUGUUUGACAAGAUUGUCACCUUAACUGUCCUACAUUCACGUAACUUCUUGCGUGCCGGCACAAUUGUUGGAUUUUUCAAGAUAGAUGUUGCAACUGUUUAUCUACAGAAUGAUCACCAAUUUUAUCACAAAUGGGCAAUGCUAACUGACCCAGACGACAUCAAUGGAGGGGUCAAAGGUUACCUGAAAUGUGACAUUGCUGUGGUGGGCAAAGGGGAUUCUGUGAAGGUUCCACCAAAAAUGGAGCAAGAUGAUGAUGAUAUAGAAGGGAACUUACUUUUACCUGAGGGUGUACCAGCAGACAGACAGAGAGCCAAGUUCUGUAUCAAUGUAUAUAAAGCAGAGGGUCUGCCCAAGAUGAACACUGGUAUAAUGGCCAAUGUCAAAAAAGCCUUCACAGGAGAAAGCAAGGAUCUAGUGGAUCCUUAUGUUAAUGUUUCCUUUGCUGGGCAUCAGGGAAGAACCUCGGUAAAGAAGGGUUGUUAUGAGCCGGAGUGGAAUGAACAGAUUAUCUUCACUGAGAUGUUUCCUCCCCUGUGUAGGAGGAUCCAGAUACAACUCAGAGACAAGGACAAAGUGAAUGACGAUGUGAUAGGAACACACUACAUUGAUAUUGCCAAAAUCUCAAAUGAAGGAGAAAAGGGUUUCCUCCCAACCUAUGGUCCCUGUUGGGUGAAUCUGUAUGGAUCCACAAGACAAUACAGUCUGCUGAAUGAGAACCAGCACCUGAAUGAUGGAUUGGGUGAGGGGGUGUCCUAUAGAGGGCGCAUGUUGAUUUCUCUCAGGACAGAGGUCAUGGAGAGUGCUGACCUUGGAGGACCAGCCACAGUAGAAGUCUGUACUGCACUGCCCAUUCCAGAGAAUGCAGCUGGAAAACUUGAUGAGUUCUUUCUGUUUGGUUGUUUUAUGGAAGCCUCUAUGAUUGAUAGAAGACUGGGAGAAAAACCUGUUCAUUUUGAAAUGAGCAUGGGAAAUGCAGGCAAUGUGUUGGACGGGUAUAACCCCCCGACUAAGAGAAGCAGCAGCAGUAGUUCUAGUGAGGAAGAAUCGGAGGAGGAGACGGCUGAUGAUGCCCCCCUCCUGAGUGAAGUCGCCGUGGAUACUCCAAAAUGGAAGAGCACCACCCAGACACAGCGACCCUCCACAAAGGACAGGGUAUACUACAACCUGCCGUACUAUGAGGAUAAACCGUGCGUGUACAUCAAGCAUGUGACAGAGGACCACAGAAGGAGAAUGUACAACUCUAAUAUAGUGGACAGAAUCAUAGAAAAACUGGAUGAUGGGAUAUCUGAGGUCCAUGAAAUGAUCAUCCAGGAGCAGCCAUUCCCAGAGAAGAGAAUGAGAGGCGUGUUUGAGGAACUGGGUUCCUCUUGUUCUAAAUUUGUCAGCAUCGUCAAGGGAACCCAGGCCUCUGGAAAAACAAAGUUGGACAAAGAGCGACAGAAGUUACUCAUCAGGGAGAUGGACCAUUUAUCCACUUCUGCCAGAACAAUGAAAACCACCACAUCAAAACACAAUCUGAAGGAGAAACUGAAAGUAGCCGGGCAUUAUCUUCAGAAACUUAAGUCAUUAUCUCACGAGCCACAACAUGCCCUACCGGAUGUGUUCCUGUGGAUGAUCAGUGUCAACAAAAGGAUUGCUUACCAGCGGGUUCCUGCUCGUGACAUCAUCUACUCCAUUGUAGAGGAGGAACGAGGCAAAUUUUGUGGCAAACAGCAACUUCUGCUUCUAAGGCUGCCAGGAAAGAAGGCCACUGGUCAGUCUGGGUGGGGGAUUCAGGCCAAACUACAGGUUUACCUAUGGCUGGGACUCAGUAAACAUAAGAAGGACUUCCUCAGUGGACUGCCUAAAGGAUAUGAAGAGAGUAGGCUGCUGCAGAUAGCCAACAAGCCCCAUGCUGUGCCCCCAGAGUUCAUACACUACAGUGCCUGUGAGUCAUUCCAAGUGAGAUGUCACAUGUACCAGGCCCGCAGUCUGAUUGGUUCUGAUGCCUCAGGGUUGUCAGAUCCCUUCGCCAGGGUAGCGUUUGGAGAUCAGAGUGUAUGUACCCAGGUCAUCGAGGAGACCCUCAGUCCUACGUGGGAUGAGAUGCUGAUCAUAAACGAGGUCACGGUUUACGGGCAGGUGGACGAGAUCGUGGACAACCCACCUCUUAUCAUCAUUGAGAUCUUCGAUCAGGACAAAGUGGGGAAGUCAGAAUUCAUAGGAAGAGCAAUGGCCAAACCAGUUGUGAAGAUGAAGAAUGAGAAAUACGACAUGCCUAAAUUUCCUCCCAAACUGGAAUGGUGGGAUAUUUAUCGGGGACCAGACAAGGCAGGACAGCUUCUUGCCUGUUUUGAAUUGCUGCAGCAUCCUUUUGAGGAGAAGGACCUACGCAGUGCUCAUCUUACGCCACCAUACGCCAGGAAAACCAAUCUGUUAGCUCCCUUUGGAGAGAUGACAGGACAGGAUUUGCCUCCCUUAGAACUCCCAGCAGAGAAAGACAGAGGCCCAGUAAUGCCUGUCCCUAAAGGAAUCCGGCCCAUUCUCAGUAAACACAGAAUAGAGGUUCUGUUUUGGGGGGUGAGAGACUUGAAGCGAGUACAGCUAACCUCAGUGGAUAAGCCACGGAUUGACGUAGAAUGUGCUGGACAUGUUCUGGCCUCAUCCGUAAUCCAAAACUACAAGAAAAAUCCAAACUUUGGAACUACUGUCAAGUAUUUUGAUGUGGAAUUGCCAGAAAAUGAGCUUUACUGUCCACCAAUAACAAUUCGAUGCGUGGAUUGUCGAAAUUUUGGUCGCUAUGUCUUGGUAGGAACCCACGUCAUCAACUCCAUCCACAAGUUUAUGUAUGUACCUACGACAAAGAAAGCCAAAGCCGCACUGCAAAAACUCUUCCCAGAGGAAGAAACUGGGAAGGAUCCAGAUGCUCCAAAGAUAAUAGCGACCAGUCCAGAUGGAGGAGUGAAAAUUGAAGAUGUGGGUAUCAAACUUGAUGAAAACAUGCCUCUAAUUAAAAAAGAAUCUCCUGUAACAAUUAACAUGAUAAGUGUCAAGGAGAAGAAGACAGAAGAGAAUGCUCGACGGAAGAAGAAACACUCUGUGGAUGAGGAGGAGGAUAUGGAUUUGGAGAGCAUGGAUUGGUGGAGCAAGUACUUCGCCUCCGUGGAAACACUUAUCAGGGAACCAGACCCUUCAUCCAAUCAGGAACAUGAGAGAAACAGGGAGGAUAAGUAUGACAGCCUGGACAUUUACAACAGGAUGGACAAUCACACCUCAGAGCCGCGAUCUGUUACUCCGUAUGGAGCAAUCAGUGGGGGGAAUGUCGGGGGUAACAUGGCGCAAAAUCAAACUGACGAUGAUCCAGAUUACAACCCCAAAGAAGCCAAGAAACUUGAGAAACAAAUGGAGAAACAGGACGAGCAGAAAAAGACGUUCAAAGGGGCGGCAAAAGCCGUCAGUCUGGCCAACAGGUUAUCCCCAAAGGCUCAAAGGAAGAAGGCUAACACACCAGCGGUGGCACAGCUAAAGAACAUCAAAUCUGGACUGGGUCUGUUAAACUCGGCUUUCGAUAUGUCGGAGGAGGAAGCUGAUUCAGACAAAAAGAAAAAGAAGCAAAUCGCCAGGAAGUUCAGAAAGCUCGAGUCUGAGCUCAAGGUGUACCCUAAUGAACUGGAGGGGCAGGCUGAGUUUGAUGGAUUUAAGGACUGGCUCCACACUUUUGAAUUAUACAGAGGGAAAAAGUCGGCCACAGAGGACACAGAUGAAAGUCGUAUUGUGGGAAAGUUCAAGGGAUCCUUGAAAAUCUACAAGAUACCCCUACCUGACGAUAUUGAGGACACCACGAUAACUGGAGGAGACCCCACCUGUGGCCUCUUUCAGGGACUCCCCAGCAAUGAUCCAAUCAAAGUCCUGGUCAGAAUCUACAUUGUUAAGGCCAACGAUUUGCAUCCAGCAGAUCUGAAUGGGAAGGCUGACCCCUACAUGGUGAUACGACUGGGAAGUACGACCAUCAACGACAAAGAGAACUAUGUCUCUAAACAACUCAACCCCGUGUUUGGGAAAUGCUUUGAAAUUGAGAGUACCUUUCCGAUGGAGUCGUUCCUUACUGUGCAGAUCUACGACUGGGACUUGGUGGGAAUGGAUGACCUCAUCGGAGAGACCAAGAUUGACCUGGAGAAUCGCUACUACAGCCGACACAGGGCGAUAUGUGGCAUCUCCGCUAAAUAUGACCAUGUUGGAUACAAUGCCUGGAGGGACCCUAUGAAACCUACACAGAUACUGGCCAAACUAUGCAAGGAUGGUAAAGUGGAUGGACCACAUUACCAGCCAGGGAAGGUCCGAGUGGGGAACCGGAUAUUUACCGGAACCAUAGACCAUACAGAUGACCAAGAGAGUCGAAAAAACCAUGAGGAACAAUUGGCUUUGUCAGUUCUUAGACAAUGGGAAGAAAUACCAAAAGUUGGCUGUAAACUGGUACCAGAGCACGUGGAGACCAGACCACUCUUCAACCCAGAAAAACCAGGCAUAGAACAGGGUAAAUUAGAAAUGUGGGUGGAUAUGUUCCCUAUGGACAUGCCUGCUCCCCCAGCACCAGUGGAUAUUAGUCCCAGGAGGCCAAAAAGUUAUGAACUACGGUGUAUUAUUUGGAACACAGAUGAUGUGGUGUUGGAGGACGAUGCCUUCUUUACGGGAGAGAAGAUGAGUGAUAUCUAUGUCAAGGGCUGGAUAAAGGGCCAGGAUGAUAUGCAGGCCACAGAUAUACACUACAGGUCACUUACAGGGGAGGGCAAUUUUAACUGGAGGUUUGUCUUUCCAUUUGACUACCUGGUGGCAGAGGAAAAGAUUGUGAUCUCUAGGAAAGAAUCCCUCUUUUCAUGGGAUGAGUCUGAAACAAAAAUUCCAGCCCGACUCAAUCUGCAAGUCUGGGAUGCUGACCACUUCUCUGCAGAUGAUUUUCUGGGGGCUUUCACCAUGGACCUGAAUCGAUUUCCGCGUGGUGCCAAGUCUUCUAAGCUAUGCACCCUCAACAUGUUGGAGGAUCCUAAUAUCCCUCAUAUGUCCUUGUUCAAACAGAAAAGGGUCAAGGGCUGGUGGCCAUUCGCAGUCAAAAGCGAAUCUGGGGACGAGUACGAACUCACGGGCAAAGUUGAAGCUGAGCUCCAUUUGAUGACAUCAGAUGAAGCAGAAAAACACCCAGCAGGGUUAGGAAGGAAUGAACCUGACCCCUUAGAAAAACCCAACCGACCGGACUCCUCAUUUAUAUGGUUUUUGAAUCCCCUCAAGUCAAUCCGUUACAUUCUCUGGCAUAACUACAAGUGGGUGAUUAUAAAGGUCCUUGUGGUCUUGCUACUGGCUGCCCUAUUGGUCCUGUUCUUCUACUCCAUGCCGGGAUACACUGUCAAAAAGAUGAUGGGCGCUUGACACGUUCUCAUUACCCACAGGAAGCUGCUUCAAUUUCCGCUGCCGACCAAGUUUUGGUCAGUCGGCCAGUAGGUGCACCUAGACCCUGACCAAUCAUUGCCCGUCAUCCGUGUCAUUAUCAUCGCUCAUCGGAAGAAUCGUCAACACAAUGUUAGAACCAUUAAUUACUGUGUCAGGCAUCAUUUAACAAAAUAUGUGUUCAAUAAUAGUUUCAUUCACAAGAUAUUGGUGUUGAAAGCAUUGGUGAUAAUACUCUGUAGUCAAAAUGUGUGGACAAUAUGAUUUUGCAGUAUUAGGCGUUCAAAUCGGGGGAUUGUCACACCAGGUUCUUACAAGGGCCUUUUACCACCUGGAGGGGCACUGGCAACCUCUACACCUGGUACCUACCUGUGACACAUUCAGGUGUAAUUCACAGUAGGUCACAUCUAGGCCCGGCCUCUUAGAUUGUGUAAUAUUAUAAAAUGCAGAAGGUAUUAUUAUAGAUAUUUUUUAUCCGUGGAUAGUGGUUAUUAUUACACUUCAAUCAUGUACAAUGUACAUUCCUUUCAGGAUAGCAAGGAAGAAAAUCAUUUUUUUUUCUCUGAAAUUUGAUCAAAUUUUAUUGCUAAAUCAUUAUUGAUAAACCAGUUUUAAUUUAAAGCAUGAUUGGAAAUUUUACAUGCAGGGAAUGUAAAUGUUAUUGAAUAUUGAUGAACAGAAUAAGAAUAUGAUAUUUUAUUAAUGGCAAGGUUAGUGAAUUUACGUAAUGGAAUAUACAGAGUAAAACUAUGUACCCGAAUCUCUUGUUACUCAUGUCAAUUAUUGUAUCUCAUCUGAUGUGAAUCUCACCUGUGUGUGUCUACCUUUCUUGUAAAUAAAGGUGUAUAUAUUAUGAAUAUUAAAAAUAGAACUACUUAGUCUAGUCUGUUAGAGGUAAUGUCAAUAAUGUCUUGAUGCAAACAUGUAUAUUAUACAUAUAAUAAAUAUUACAUAUACUGAUAUUCAUUCAUUUAUAUGCAUUUAUAAGCUACGAUUUCAUUCUUCGUUGAAGUAGGGUUCAGGUGUCAGAAAGUUUGUUGGUACUUAGGAAUUUAAAUUAAUCUUAUUAUUAUUGAAAUAAUUUACAGUCUUCUGCAUAUUAAGAUUUGGUUUUACAUCAAGUUCGCAUACCUUGUAGGUUCUAAUCACUCUAAAGUUCUCAACUAUCGUCUUGUUAUGAAUCAUGAAUUAUGAUUUGUUUUCAUGUUAUUUUUACCUCUUUUUGAAAGUUUUUUUGCAGACAAUUAGUUUAGAUCAUUACUUAUAAGGUAUUUUAGUUGAGUGCUUACAUUUGGAAAAAUAACUCGCAGACAUCAAAUCGUGAAAACAUGAAUUUGUGGGAGGACUUUCAUGUAUUUUAGCAAUAUAAGAUUUAAGAAUAAAAAUGUUAAUGUUAUUUCAUGAUUUGUCCUCACGAUAUUAAAAUCCUCACCUUUUUUAUGGAAUCUACAGUUCCUGUCGGGGAGUAUUUUAAAGUUUCAUUAUGAUGAACCAACUUUUUUUUUUAAAUCAUAAUUUAGAAUCAUUUAUAUCUGGAGCUUGAUGUUUAACCUUUGUACAUGUAUUAGUGGAUACAGUAUUUGAAAUUCCUUGAAAAGAUUAAUGAUAUGUUUUCUCUUUGUACAGUUAAUUUAAACUAUAUCAGGUAUAUAGGAACCCACCUAUUUCUAUCAAUUUGUGAACAUGACAUCUACUUAUCAAAUGACCUUGAAAAUACCAAAAAAUAUAUUUAAAAUGUUAUUGUAUAUAUGAUAUAUUAUUUUGUGCAAUAUUUGUUGAAUUUUUUAUAUCACUAUUGAGUAGUGUAAUUUAAGGUCUAUCAUUUUGUUGUAAAUUGACCUGAAAAAAAAAUGUUCUGUUACUUGUACAUGUAUACAGUCUCAUAUACUUAUAAUUUUGUGAGCACUUAUAAUUAUGGAAUGUGACUCAAAUGUAAAAAUAAUAUGCAUAGAUUGUUAUGUCUAGAUGUUAGACAGUUUUCACACCGAAAUCUUAGAGGAUUUUUUUCCCCUUGAUAAAAUUAUCAAAAUUAAUUUUGUAGGUACAAGAUUUAUAUAAAUGUUUUUUAAAUUUUCUUCUCGGCAAAAAUUACUAAAAAAUAUGUAAUAUGAUAGGAAAAUGUAAAUAGUUUUAAUCAUUCUACUAACAUUAAUGAAUUAAAAAACAAUUGUUAAGUACUCUGAAUUAAUUGAAAAAUCCUGAUAAAUCGCGAAAUAAAAUGUCUCAUGUCAUGUCAGUGAUAUUGUUUGAUUGACAUUACUAGCAAUUCUGUGAUAAUUUUAUUUGUUUAAAGACAUAAAAAUUUGCAGUUAGAACUAUAAUUCUCAAAAUUGUCUUAAUCUAAUGCUUCGACUAAGAUUGCUUUUAAUUCACUGAAGUCUAAUUCAUUUGUUAAAGUACUAGAACAGGCGUGUUCCAAUAUGGUGAAAAUUAAAAAAAAAUCUGUUUUCAUUAUGCUUACUCCCUCCUUUGUUUGAUCUCUGACAAAAGCAAUCAAAUUUGUCUUGUUUUUCUGAUUAUUUGUUAUUUGAUACCAAAGAGGCAGACUCACAGUAUGGUUUUUUUUUUAACUGUAGAUUGUUUUAGAGAAUUCAUUUGAAAUAUUUGUCUCAUUUGGUACAUGGUGUUCGAACGAAAAAUUUUGUACUGUGAUGCACAAAAUUUGUUGUCAAUAAACAGGUCAUUGCA